AAAAAGGCAAGUUCAUUUACCGAACAUGACAAAGUGGAUUUUACAUUCAGUAGGCAAAUUUUUGAAGGCUAUUAUUGUGAUGUAAGGAAAAGUUGAAUUGUAUUACGAAUAUACAGUGUGAACUGUUACACUUGGAUUUUGAACGCUUGCCUGAUUUGAACUUGGCAUUGAAAACGACAAAUAACAAGCUGUAGUAUGUAAAAACAGAAGGCUAUAGUGAAAUUUGACCAAUUAAGCCAGUCCGCCUUAGUAAUUUCUGAGAAGUGUCAAGGAACAGUAUUAUUUAUUCUUUAUAUUCAAACCAUUUUUUGCCACCCGUAUGCUGAGCCAGUUCCCGUGGCCAAGUUGGUUAAGGCCUCAUGCUUAUAUGGUACACCUCUUACCAGGUAUGCUACGUGAAAAUCGCGAGUUCGAUCCUCGCCGGGAGCACUAGUUUUUCUAUUCUUUCUCACUUGGAUUUCAGAAUGAGCAUUAUUCUUUCCCAAUUCGAGCCAACUUGAAUCCCAAAUCUUAUUUUACUGUAAUGCCUCAUUGUCUUUACCUACCUACCGGUCGAGCUUUUUCCUCAGCAGUAUCGUCCAGGUGUUUGUCCUCAGCGGAGAAGACCCGCGUAUCGUUUCGAUUUGACCAAUAAUCACGACGACGGUAAGAGGUUAUCUCGCGAGAACGCUCGUAACGACGCGAAGAGCGAUAUGAUUCAUGCCCAGAACUCGAGUCGAGUGAUAGAUUAUGAUCGUUUCGAAAGCUUCGAUCACUGUGGCCUCUGAUUCGUUCGCGAGUCUCAGAAUUUCGCUUACCUCGGUGUGAAUCUUCGUGUGAGUCGUUCGAGAGACGCUGGCGAAAAGCAGACACCAAGGCCUUAAUCUCUUCGUCCGUCUUCCCAGACUCUUGUAAUUCUUCUCGGUAGGCCAAAACCUUUGAUUCCAACAACCUUUUCUGCUCGUGUUCACUGAUUGAGGGGUCAAUUGAUUUUUUUGGCUCCAGUUUUUGCAACGAACGCAUUUCAUACGGAGCUCGCCGUUUCACAUACGACAAGUUCUUCAUUACAUAGCCAUUCGUUCCCGAUCCACGGGGAGUCGGCAAUCCAAUUCCAUUAUAUGACUAAAAAUCGUUAGCUUCUGCUGUUGUAGACGCGUGUCGAAUUCAUUCACGUACCAUUUUCUAGUUUUACAGUUUUGGUUCUCACGGUGGGCUACACCAGUUAUUAUUGCUCCAGAAGAAUCUUCCUUCUCAGUUUGUUCGCACUGGAAGAUGAAUAUAUACUUCCAGAGAGAAUAUGUUGGUCUGGGUGAAGUUCAACGGUUCCAGGUUCAAUUCUCGCCGUCCUCCCUUUAUUCCACAACAUCUACGAACGCCACUUCUACCGAAAGCCCGAGACAGAAUCCGGACAUUGUUGCUACGAAAAAGAACACCACCACAGCGGCUCGGUCGAUCAAGCCUACCACAGUCGAUCCCGCAGAUCAUCCAACAGCUUCGAAUAAUGACGCAAGCAGAGGCCAUGGUCCAUUAAUAAACUGUCCCUCCCCCACAGUCGCUAGUGAAAACGCAAAUCCCCCUGCUGAGGAAGAAAUUGUCCAAUCGCCGCCCCCCUCCCCAGCUCUAAAGGUCGCAAAGGCGCCUGCUAUAUGGAUUCGCGUAAAAAACAAGGAAGCACGAUAUCGAACAGCAGCUUACUUUCAAGGACCGUUCACUCUUUGCGUAAGCAUUUGGAAUGAUGCAUUUCCCUUGGGUUCGAAAGCUUUCUUAAGAUUUGAGCCGAAUUUGCUGCCGUCUACCAGCAUGUGGGUUUGUGUCCCAGGUGCCGCUUUUGACAAUGAAAUGCCCGUAUUUAUUGAAAUUGCCAGUCAGGCUAUCUUUCGGAAGAUUGACAUUUCCUUUGAACUAGCAAUUGGUCUCAGCGAAGAAAGUAUUCGGGCAUUUUCGGCUGCUGAGGUAGACAAAAUUGAAGCGUUCCCUAAUUUGCACGUUCAGCAUUGGCAGCCUGCUGACCUUUGGCGGAUUUCUGAUCGCCUUUUGCAUACCACAUCUUCUCACUUGGUUGUAUUAACCCAUGGAAUGCACGCUAAUCUCACAGCUGAUAUGCUGUAUCUGAAUGAAAGUAUAAAACAAGCAGCCCAAGCAGUCGACGAACCUGUUGUUGUUCGUGGUUUUUCUGGAAACACGUGCGAGACUGAAAAGGGUGUCCGCUAUUUAGGCGCGCGUUUAGGAAAGUGGCUUCUUGAUAUUGUUGGAUGGAAAUCGAGCUCUUUUCCUCGCUAUUCCCACAUCAGUCUAGUGGGACAUUCACUUGGUGGUUUAAUACAGACGUUUGCCGCUGGUUACGUGCACGCUCAUACAAAGGGUCAAUUCUUUAAAGUCAUCCAUCCCGUGCAUUUUGUCACACUAGCAACUCCAUGGCUCGGUGAGUCUGGCGAGCAUCCGUCUUAUGUGGGUCGAAUUUUGUCUUACGGUGUUAUAGGAAAAACCGGUCAAGAUUUAUCGCUUAUGCAUACCUCGCACAAAGUUGAUCCAAGACCUCUGCUGCUGCUGAUGUCUGAUCCCGCUUCCCCGUUUUAUCAAGCUCUUUCCUUUUUCAAGCAUCGGUCCCUAUACGCAAACACUGCUAAUGACUACGUUGUUCCAUUUGGUACAAGCGCCAUGGAACCUCAUUCACUAGGCCAGCGAACACAGUAUAUGCGUGAUAAUGCAUUACAAUCCGUUGUUACUGAGGAACCAAAAAGCACUCAACAAUCUGCCUCUUCCGGAACGUCUUUUCUUUCCACUUUCCGAUCUUUGAAGGCAUUCUUUUUACCCCAAUCAAAAGCGCAAGUACCUCAAGGAGUGGAACCAUCACAACCGGAGAAUGUUCCAAUAAAUCUGAAGGAAGAACAUGCGUCUAACUUUGUUUCCUCUGAAACAUUCACUGCGGAGUUCCUGCAGACAACUAAUGUUAGCAACAAUGCUGCCACCAAACUUCUACAGACAGUAAACAGUUUGUUACUUCCUCCCGUACCAACGUCCGAUUUUUUCCUUGACUGCCAUCUUAGAAAUGUUAUAUUACAUGACCAAUUACACCCCGCGAAAUCGUUAUCGAUUGCGUUUGAGGACUCGCAAAGCAAUGAUCAGUUUUUAAAGGACGAACAUUCAAUUUCCCGCAAUUGGUCUACACUAAGUUGGCGCAAGGUUUUUGUUCGUUUAGACGGUGAUGCGCACAAUAGUCUAAUCGUAAGAAGACGCUUUCCAAAUGCUUAUGGAUGGGCCGCCGUUGAUCAUCUUACAAAACUACUAUUCCCUCAAAAUAACAUGGACACUUAUGGUUCUACUUGGCCUGAAAUUGAUGAAACCACUACUGCUGUAUGGUUGAGCGAGUUGUACGACGACGACAAAAUAUAAGUUUUAGAUUCAUCAUGUUUUAACCGAUGUACUUCAUUCCCUCACUUCAACAUAUCUAUAUACAUCUUCCUCCAUCCCUCUUCAACCCAUCUGCUCACCACAGAAUUCUUUAAUAAAAGACAAUGCAAAUGAUAUUUUUAUUUGACG